AUGGAUCAUUUUUUGGUCACAGUUUCAAUUCUUCUACUUUUUGUGACCCUUUCAUCCUCUGGUGAAGUGAUUUUAGAGGAACAGCCAACACAAAGUAAGAACUGGUUCUGGGCAACAUCAAGGCCAACUAAUCCAACCUUUACGCCGUCGCAGUCCGGUGGGCCGAGCGGGUGGUCGAAGCAGACAUAUUAUUCAACCUGUGAUAUUUCUGAGGAUGCAUACCCACAACCAAACAACUGGCUUAGAAGUGAUCCUAUUGAGGUCCACAGUGGAGUGACAGCAGUCUACAUUACUAUCGAGUACCAAACUUUUAACUGUUCUCUGAGAAAUGGAGGGAAAUAUUGUAAAGAGUAUUUUGACUUAUACGUACAUCAGUCCGGGCAAUCAACGCAACCGGACCCCCUAACAAACAGUAUUACUUAUGACAAGAUUGCUAGAACAGCUCCGUCAGCUCUUGGCACCGGAGUGUCUCAAACGUUUAGUGUAAAUGUUAAAGGAAAGUACAUCGUAUUGGCUUUUCAAGACCAGGGUUCAUGUAGUAUCCUUUUCUACGUCGCUGUUAAAUAUUACUUCUGUCCAGAGACAGUUCAUGUUGGUGGUUUGGUGAACUUACCACGUACAAUUGCUCCAGCAAACAACUCGGAACCAGUUGUAGGUAGUUGUAUUAAAAAUGCCGUCCACGAGCAAGGUAUUUUAAAGAUGAACUGCCAAAGUGAUGGGGGCUGGAACAUCAGUUCACUUAAAGGAAAUUGUAUAUGCAAAGAAGACAAGGAGAAUGUAGGAGGAGAAUGCAAAGAUUGCCCAGAAGGUAAAUACAACGACGUGAAUGGCUUUAAUUGCACAGUUAUACCAUCAGCCCCGAAAAAUGUCCGAGUUAUCUUCGUUAACCGUAGCGCGUUGGAGUUACAAUGGCAGCCUCCUGUAGUGACCGGUGACGAGACCCACGUGUUUUAUGACAUUGCAAUUGACUGCCGAAAGCCUUGUGAAGAUGAAGAUCACGACAAAAGCGUGAAUAAAGUUCGCGGAAGUGACGUCAUUUUCAUACCAAAAAAGGAAGGCUUGAACGUUACCCACGUUAUUGUUGGAAAUCUAUCUUCAUUUGUAGUCUACACUAUGAAAAUCUCCGCUAAGAACCGAGUGAGCGAAUUAGCGAGAAGAAAAUAUGGAAUUGAAGCAAAACUUACGGAAAUAACUGUAAGGACCAACGGAUCAGUUCCAGGGAAACCAGAAGUGUUUGUUGAGCAACCGGAAACGGCUGUUGUUGUAUCUUGGAGAAUUAAGGACAAGAAAGGUGUCUUUAAAGAGUACCACGUGACUUAUAUAAGAGAGGAUGAUAUGUCAGAAACCCAGACUCUUGUUACCAAGAAAAUGGAAGCGAAGUUUGAUUUAAAGGCGGGAAAAACUUACGAAUUCCAGGUAUUUGUUAUAAACGACUUUGGUAGGGGUCCUGCUGGUGUGAAGACAUUCACACUUAGAGAAGAACCCAAUGUUGACAUGUAUCUCACAAUCAUCUAUGGCUUGGUUGGUUCAUUGGCACUUUGCAUUGUGUCUUUCGCUUGUUACAUAAUGUACAACAGAUGGAACCGUCGAAGAAAUGCAAACCGUGAGAAAAUUCCUAAAACAACAAAGACCCGUCUUAUGGUUUAUGAGGAUGUCGCAAUGAGUUCUGUCGCAGAGCGGCAAAAAGUGGAUGACUUCAGACUUGAUCGUGAUCAAAUAACAACAGUAAAAGUGCUUGGGAGUGGGAACUUUGGUCAAGUGUCCAAAGCAGUUUACAAACCUUUAAACUCUGAAGUGGCUGUUAAGUCAUUGAAAGGCGAUGCCAAAAAGAAAGACUUACAAGACAUGCUGACUGAAUUAGAUCUCAUGAAAACCUUGAAGCCUCAUCCCCAUGUUGUUGACCUCAUUGGCUGUUGCAUUGAAAAAGAUCCACUUCUCGUAGUGUUGGAGUAUUUACCAUACGGGGAUUUGUUGGGAUAUCUACGCAAGAGCAGAGGAAUUGAGGAUACUUAUAACACAGGAGAAAAGAGACCAAGCUCAACACUCACAGAAAAGGACCUCUUGUCCUUUGCGUGGAUGAUUGCCGAUGGUAUGAGCUAUUUGUCAACAAUGAAGAUUGUUCAUCGUGAUUUGGCAGCUCGCAACGUAUUAGUUGGGGACAACAAAAUAUGCAAAAUUUCAGAUCUUGGUUUAGCGCGUGGUUUGGAGGGAGAUAUAUACACGAGAAAAACUAAGGCUCGUCUUCCAGCCAAGUGGAUGCCCCCAGAAUCUCUCUUGUAUGGCAGAUCUACCACUAUGAGCGACAUAUGGUCAUACGGCAUAGUGAUGUGGGAGGUCUUUACCAUUGGUGGAUCACCAUAUCCCGGAGUAAAAUCAAGAGAAAUAGCUGGCUUACUGCAGACAGGAUACCGCAUGCCUAAGCCACCUCACAUCUCACAAGAACUGUAUUCCAUCAUUACCAAAUGUUGGGAAGAGCAACCUAAAAGGCGACCAACAUUUCUGUGGCUCUGCUCGGCGGUCAAACGAUUAUUGGAUGAUUAUAAGACAUAUGUGAACUUGGAAGUCUACGAAGGUGAUAACUACAUCAACUUUGAUGUGAUUACGAACAAAGAGUGAUAAAAGAUGUCCAAUUUUUACCAUAAAGGCGGGAGCGUGGACACCCGGUGCCAAGUUUGAAUUAGUUUAAUCCUUCAUCUUCGAUUCCCUCUGGGAAAUCAGAUAAGAUAAGAUAAUGUUACAAAUACUAUAUCAUGAACUUAACACAGUUUUUCUCGAGAUGCCACACACAUUAUCUAAGGUUCUAAAUCAGUACAAUAGGUAAAAAUGAAAAUGAAGAACCUUUCUUUGAUGUGAGGUUCCUCCUGGAAAUCUGCUUGGUUAGACACGUAUUGUGAUAGCUAGUUGUAUCAAGAUUCAAAAUGGCGGGGUAUAUAGACGAAUUUUAGGUUUACUUCAGAGAAAGGGCCAUACGUAUUUUUCUUUGUUUUGUAACUACGAUUUUCCCUAGCUGCAAAGCUUCUUCGUCACGCGUAAGUGCAACGUACGAAUUAAAAGUACAUUUGAAGACGAUACCAAGAAGCUUAGGUUACCCUUUAGAAUAUCUGUUGGUGCGGUCUGUUAGAGUCACACUUUCUGAUAUGCUAUCCUGUGGCGGGGAUAAAAAUUACAUGGUAGCUAAAAACGUUAGAUUUCACUUUCUCCGUCAUGUCUUGCAUUCCAGUAAAAAGCUUUAAUAGAAGGAGUAACGACAAUGACGUCUGGUGUAAAUGUACUGAUGUGUUUGAGCGCAUAUUCUUAUAAGUAUGCAACAUCAA